AUCAACUUAUUUGGGCUUGCGUGCCAGUCUCAAAACUGCUUUCAACUAGGAUUGCAUUUUCGCUUAUCUUGAUCAUAAUGGUAGAAUGGUUAUUUCAAAAUUUUCGUAGCUUUAUAAAAUAAUAUCCGCAGUUAUAAACAAGCGACUUGAAUUAAACUACAGCGUAGUUCUACGUCAACAAUGCGGUCGUGUCUUGAACAUAACCUCCUUUUUUUUUUCUUUAUUGUUUCUUAUAAUCUAUCUAAUAAACUCGCACCUACACACUCUCAGAAAAAAUGGUAUAUUGACGAUUUUUUUUUAGUAAAUAUUGCCAAUUAUUAAUCAUGUUUUGACGGACGAAUUAUUCGUGCAUAUUACGCGAUAAAAAUAGUGAAAUAAAAUGUCAAACCGGCAGUAUAAGUCGUCGAUUCAACGUGAUUUUUACAUAUACCUUAAACAUGUUUGAAAAUUAUUGAAAAUAAUUUUUCUUUAUGAAUUGGUGCUAUCCGCAAAGUUACCAAUUCAAUGUACCAAUCGUUGGUAGGGAUGUAUUUCAUCCGAAAUUAAUUUUACAUACGGUUGGUAAUGUGUACAGUAAAUAUGUAAAUUUUACUCGUGUUUGCCAAAUACCAAAGGUAUGGGGUAUUUUUUAUCAAGGAUUUUGUGGGAUUUUUGUGGUACGAAUAAUUCGUCCGGUAAUAAAUGACUAAUAACAAAUAACGGGGAUACUUUUGAAUGACCCAAUAAACACUAUGAAUGAGUGACAAGUUGGAUAAUACGUGUGUACCCUUUAAGACCGGAAGAACGAAACAAGCAAUCCGCCCUCUCCCCCUAGAGAUCCGAGCUUGAUGCCACGACAUUUGUGAUGCUAGCCACUCGGCCAUGGGAGCCACUGAAGAUGCUUACUCACGGACGAAAACCUCUUUCAGGGAUGAAUAACCGUCUGUUAAAAUUCCUUAUAACUCAAUAACCAUAACAGUGAAAUUGAUCAUAUCAAUUCUCGUUGCUUCCAGUGUUGUGUCAGAGGACACAAACCAACAUGGGUUGCUAUAGCUACGAAAUAAAGCAAACAAACGGAAAUGUUUAUUUCUUCAGUCUGUACUGUCAUAUUAGCACAGUUUCGAAAUGAAACUUUUCAUUCUCCAUAGAAAAGUAAUUUAUAUUGAGUAUCGGAACCGCAUUUGCUCAUUUUCAACUUUUUUCAUCGCCACCGUAGUUUUACUUUCAUUCAUCCUUCCCUAUUGUGUUCUGAAAUUCAUUAAUCCUGGUGCUCUCUGGGAUCGAUACCGCCUUGUGUAUGAACAACCUGACGUGCAAUUCACUUAUCGCUAUUUAUUCCUGGCGGAAAUGAAUCGUCUCGAGGGAAGCAAUGAGAUCAUUACGUGUAGCUCAUUUGAAUCAUACAAUGCGCUUACCGAAGAACGCCAGGAAUGCACUUCGAUAAAGGUAACAGAACAUGAUAGCAACGUGGAUGGAAAAACCGAUAUACUCAAAGCGUCUGUUAGCUUUAAUCUGCCGGAUGAUUCUCUUGGGUUGGCAUUUUAUUCUUUAUAUUUCUUCCUGGAAACAAGUCUAGAGAGUAAUUGCCGAUUCUUAAUUCCAACGUUUAUAUCUCUAAACAAGCUCUCUCCACCCGUGGCUCCGUUCACGUCAGGAACAAUUCACCACGCUGGUCACCUGGAAGCCAGUCAGAUGGUUUCUCUCCAGUGUCCGUUUUUCAUGCGAAACAUCAAAACCCACUUCAGUCACAAUUACUUUCCGAACGAAAAUUUUACAUCGGUGGAAGAUUUCCUCCCGGAAUCGAUACAAAACAAAAUUGAAUCCUCUAACGCGGCCCAUUUUCAUCUUGGCCAGCGGAAAAUCCACUGGAAACGGGAUGGUUCCGGGGAGAUCACAAUAAGCGUCGAAGUGCUGAUUGGGAGAGAAGAUAGCAGACACACGGCGUUGCUUUAUAACUCCUCGAUAUGGCAAAUGGUUGCUCAGUUCUGGGUGCAGUAUUUUUCGGUGCUAGCGGUGUCAUUUUGGAUCGCCAACAGAGUGAAAGAUUGGUUAUUUGAAAGUUCUACUAUCAGAGCGAUGGAAAUUGUACCAUGGAAGGAAAAGAUGAAAGUGAUGUAAAAUUUUAACGAUUGUGUGUUCAAAAUUAUGUACCGUAAAGCUCCCUUACACCAACCAGCAUAGUUCCACCCACUUGAAAUAAAAUGCACUAUUUUACACUAGCUACCUUAUUUCUUCUGAUAAAUUAUUUUUGUGUAGGGGUAGUGAAGGCAAAUUGGUCACUGGGGGCAAGGUGGCCACCUGCUUGUUUGGUGGUAUAACUAUUGAUACUCACCUAAAGGGGAUAUUCUAGUGUAGGGACCCGAAAUUCGGACGUUUUUUCCAGCUCCGUAAAAAUAAAACAAAGAAGUACCAUCCAUUAUAUCAUUAUUUGUCCAUCUAUCUUUCAAUCAUAAAACAAAGGUUGAACGGAGAAAAGUAUUCAUAACUAGUAUAAUUGAAGAGCUUAGAAUGAAAGGGGUGUAAGUGAUUUGAUCGAUUUCUCUACAUCGACUCUC